AUGAAUCACACUUUCUCUGAGGAUACCUCAGUUUAUGAGAACUUCACAGAUGACUGGACAUCAGAUGGAGGGGAAACGGUGCAUUUCAUCAUUCGAUGCGUUAUCCCGUCGGUCUACAUACUUAUCAUUACGGUUGGUUUACUGGGCAACAUUACUCUUGUGAAAAUAUUCAUCACUACCAGCGCGAUGCGAAGUGUACCAAACAUUUUCAUCUCCAGCCUGGCCGUGGGAGAUCUUUUGCUUUUGGUCACUUGUGUACCAGUGGACGCGUUCAGGUAUUUCUACGAGGAGUGGAUUUUUGGAACGGUUGCUUGUAAGAUGAUCCCGGUGAUCCAGCUCACCUCGGUCGGAGUCUCCGUGUUCACUCUCACGGCACUAAGCGCGGACAGACACAAAGCUAUUGUGAAUCCCAUGGACAUCCAGACCUCCAGCGCAGUGUUCUGGACCUGCUUGAAGGCUAUCACUAUAUGGGUUGUCUCAGUGCUGCUGGCUAUCCCUGAGGCGGUCUUCUCGCAGGUGGUUCAUAUGCCAGACAAGAACAUGACAUUCACCGCUUGUGUGCCGUAUCCACUCUCCAAUGAGAUGCAUCCCAAGAUUCACUCCAUUAUGAUAUUCCUUGUCUACUUCCUCAUCCCUUUGAGCAUUAUCUCUGUUUACUACUACCACAUUGCGAGGACACUUAUCAAGAGUGCUCACGAUAUGCCAGGUGAGAUUAGUGAGCACUCCAAAAGACAGACGGAAACGAGGAAGCGUCUAGCCAAGAUCGUUCUGGUGUUUGUGGGCCUCUUCGCGCUGUGUUGGUUCCCCAACCACGUUCUCUACAUGUACCGCUCAUUCAACUAUAGGCAGAUCGACUCUUCGCUGUCACACCUCAUCAUCACGCUUGUGGCGCGCGUGUUGAGUUUCUCCGGCUCCUGCGUGAACCCAUUUGCCCUGUACCUGCUGAGCGAGAGCUUCCGAAGGCACUUCAACAACCAGCUGCUGUGCAGACAGCGCAAAUACCAAGAGCGCAACACCAGCUACCUCCAGAGCUCCUCUACUAUCCGCAUGACCUCCAUCAGGAAGAGUAUACCUGUUGUCGCCAACGGACAUGGCCAAAAAACAGGAGUCUGCAUUUAG